AUGAAAUUACUUGCUUCAUCAUCACGUCAAUUAAAUCGUCGAGAAACUAAAUUAGUCAAACGAUUAGUCAAACGACAAGCUUUGAAUGAUCCAAAUUGCGAUCGUCGUACUUGUAAUGUACCUAAUUGUGGCAAAGAUUUUGUAGCAGCUGCUUUACCAGGAGAAUGCUGCGAAAAAUGUGUACCAUGGGAAUACGCUUCAAGUUUAGGUUUGCAAUAUCCACAAGCACCACCACCACCACAACCAGCCUAUGAUCCACGAGCACAACAAGCUUAUCCAUAUAAUCAAUAUCCAUAUAAUCAACCACAACCACAACCACAACAAUAUCAACCACAACGCGUUGAUGUUUAUAUAUUUGGACCUGAGGAUGGUGCUCGUGUAUCUGCUGGACAAAGUAUUUAUUUUGAUUGUGAAGUUGUUUCACCAUAUAAUCAAUAUGCUCAACCACGUUGGUCACGAUCUGGCAAUCAACCAUUACCAUAUAAAGUGCAGAGUACAACGCUUCCAGGUAAUCGUAAACUUGCACGACUUGCAAUUCCUGAUGCAACUCAGAGUGAUGCUGGUCGAUAUGAAUGUAAUGGUGGUACUGGUAAUGCAAAUGAUCAAGCUUCAAUUGAUUUACAAGUAACUGAAGGUGGUUAUUAUCCUCGACAACCAGCACAACCUCAACCACAACCACAACCACAGCCGCAAGCACAAUAUCCUCCAUAUGAUCCAUAUAAUCAAUAUCCAUAUAAUCAACCAAAUUAUUAUCCUGCUCAACCACAGCCACAACCACAACCUCGUCCUCAACCUCAACCACAAACUCAACCUCCGCCACAGCCAGCUGCUGACGAUGGAGGUAACGAUGAAGGAGAUGAGGGUGAAGAUGCUGGCAUAGAUGAAGAUCAAGAACCAGCAGCUGAAGCAACAACAACAAUAAAAACAACAACUCCACAAGCAUCUGCAGCUCAGGAAGAAGGUGGUGAAGGUGGAGAAGAUGAAGGUGAAUAUCCUGAAGAUUAUACGGAAAAUGACAAGUAA